AUGGCGAACUCCACCGAAACCUCCCGCUACGCGAACCCGGAUUCCGUGCACAACGUGGCGGCGAUUCGGCAGAUGUUCCCUUUCCAAGGCCUUGUGGAGCCCGAGCUUCGAGGCAUCACUUCCAAGCAGCUCAAAAAGGUGAAGCUGUAUGCUCAGACCUGCUGCUCUCACUGGUGGGACUUCUUUCCCAGCGAGGUCUCUGCGAGUGCUGGCCAAAUGCUCACCACUGAGCUGCUCAACUUUUACCACUUGGUUGCCUGGCUGGUGAAGCCAGCAACGAAGGAGCACCGCUGCGCGCUGGCAGAGACGCUGGCGCCGCAGAAAGUUGGGUGGUUCGCCAGCCACGCCUGGGCCCAGCGAUACGUGGAGGUGCUGGCCAUCAUUGAGGAACACACCUUGCUGCGUGGGGAAGCGGCCUACUGGCUGGGUGCUUUCUCGCAGCGCCAGCACGAUAUGAACGCGGAGGCCGUAGAAGCAGGCAUUCGGUGUGCCCUGGGCGUGGCGGGGAAACUCCUCAUCUGCCUGGACGCGGCUGGCGGUGCCUUCCGGCGCGCCUGGUGCAACUUCGAGUGGUUCCUUUCGCUGGAGGAACCCAUGCAGACCGAUCUGGCCGUGGGCUCCAAUGAGGUCUGGAUCCUCGCUGGCUUCGGAGGCUUCGAGGAUCUGGUGGAGUGCCCUUCGCCGAGGAGUGUCCCAGAAGUAUUGUUGCUGGGCUUCGACGUGGAGGUCUCGGCGGCCAAAGUGUCGAGCGAGGAUGAUCUCAGGCACAUCCUGGAGCGUGUUGGCACGCCGGAGAGGUGCGCCCAGCAGCUGCAGGCGAGCCUCGCACAGCAACUUUGGCAGCCCUUGGCCAAGGCGUCGCGCUCGGCGCAGUGGGAGCUCCCUGAGCGCCUCCAAAACGAGCCGAAGCUGCGGCUAGAUCUGAGUGGCCUGCCGCUGGCGAUGGGCGAUGACAGCCUCGCGCUGGCGAUGAGUGGCGCAGAAGAGGUGGAUCUCAAUCUGUCGCGCCAGUCUGAGGAGGGCCUGCGGGUUCUGUUCGGGCAGCUUCCCAAGGGGUUGAGGAGCCUUCAGAUCGAUCUGCGCGACUCCCCGACGUCAGCACUGACCUUCCUGCGCGGGGAGGACCUGCAGCGCCUUAGCUUGCGGCUGGGCUUUGAAGCGCAACGAGCGCCGCUGGCGCUGGCGCAGCUACCGCUGCAGUGGCUCAGGUUGGCCGCGGGUACGGAGCAGGCACUGCAACUGCCAGGCAGUCUGAAGGAGUUGGAGUUGCACCUGGAGUCGCCCACCGAAGAGUUCCUGUUGGCACUGCCGUUGCUUGAGUCCCUCGCCUUGUUCUCGCCAUCGGUGGGCGCGGCGGCGCUGUGUGCGGCGGCCGCACGCGCGACGCGGCGCCUGCGGCUCCGCUUGGGCACGGCGGGCGAGGCGCUCGCCUUCGCCGCGGUCUUGCCGGCCACAUUGGAAGAGCUCUGCUUGGAAGUGGCGGAAGGCGACAUCAGCAGCGGUGCUAUCGCGUUGCUGGCCAAGCACUGCCCGCCGAAUCUUGCCAAGCUUGACCUUUCCAUCGGGGAGCUUAGGAUCGAUUCAACACAACGGCUGGCAGAGUUCUGCGCAGAGAAGGAGGCGAGCGCUGUGCCGGACGCGGAGGCUCCCGACACAGAUGCGGGUGGGGUGUCGCAGGUGCAGCGAACUGAGGAGCGGCACGUGCGCUUCGUCACCAAGAAGCUGGUGGACAACUUGCUGGCCAACGGGCAAGCGCUCGGCAAGGCCUUCUGCGAGAUCGACCCGGAGCGCCGCUACGCCGUGAGCAAGCCGCAGUUCGCCAACGCCCUGGCGACAGCCUGCAACCACAUUUCACACCAGGCCGUGGAGUUCCUGUGGGCUGCACAGUUCCCGGGCCAGGAUACCAGCCUGGACAGCAAGGUCAUCGAUUGGCGCGAUUUCAUGGGCCAGCUGGCCCACUUCGCCCACAGCAACCGCGCCCCGACGCCGUGCACUGUGCAAGGUCGCAAGCGCCAGUACGACCUCUUGCAGCGCACGGCGCCCUUGACCGGCGGCUCCCUGGAGGACUUAGAGCUGAACCGACCUGACCAGAAUGCGGAUGAUGAGGUGCAGAUUGUGGGGGGCCACUUGUGCCACCGUGCGACGGAGCUGCCCCAUCGCCCGCGAGACGCUGCCAUGCUCACGGAGCACUACGUCGAGGAGCAGCUGGAGGUACUUGGCGCCUUGGCAAUGAGCGCCGAGGGCGCCAUGUCCCUCGGGAUGUCGUCCCUGACGCUGGGCUCCGAGCCGCGGCUAGCGCCGGGCGGGCGCUUCACGGUGAUGAUGUUCGGCAUGACUGGCUCGGGCAAGAGUGCUCUGGGGAACCUCCUGGCGGGCUACGAUCACUUCCGGGCCGGGGAUGACACGGCCUCGAUCACCAACAGCCGAUCCGUGCUGAAAUACGAGUCCCCGGACAAGUCCCUGGUCUUGUUGGACACCAUUGGUUUGGGUGACACUGAGCUGGACCAGGACAAGGUUGUGGCCAACAUCCGUGACUGCGCACUGUCGGCCCCGAACGGGGUGGACGCGAUGUUUUUCGUGAUGCGCAGCGGACGCAUCACAGACGACGUCAUUGCCAGGCUGAUCUACGCCACCGAAUACUUGUGGGGCACCGAAUGCUUGCUGAACCUCUAUAUCAUCGUCACGUAUGCCAGCCGGUAUGUGUCGCAGAGGGAGGAGGCUCUUACCUGGAUCGAGCGCCAGAACGAGCUGAACUGGCGCUUUCGGCACAUCUUCUCCCUGGUGGGCAAGAACGUGAACAGGAUACUCUUCGUAGACAACCCAGAUCCCGCAGAUGGCGAGCCACUCACCAGGCUUCGUCGACACAACAGUCGCUUGAACAUCAUGAAGGCUUUGGUGCACCACCCUCGGGAGGUCAUUCCGCCUUUCACACACUCGAUGAUGAAGAAGGCGCAGGAGCGGAUGGAGGACACCUACGGAAAGGUGAAGCAGGCCGAAGAUGACCUCGCCCAGCUCGAGGCCAAGGCAAAAGAAGCGACCGACCAAGCAGCCCAUGAGAAGGAGAUGGAGGAGGCGAGGGCAAGGCGCAAGCAAGCCGAGGAGGCAUGGCAACAGGAGAUGAAGAACAUCCAGGAGGAUGAGGAGUUUCGGCGCAUGGCUGCGCAAGCCGUGGAGGAGGCCACCGUGGCGUUUGGAAAGAAGUACGAUGCAGACAAGGCCUCCGAGUCUGUCUCAACAGCUGCGACCGUCGAGGAUCGGACAAGCUCGCUGGUGAAGGCUGACGACAAGGGCUCCAGCCCCCUUGAGGCUUGCCGCCGGGUUUUUCGAGCCCUGCGCCGGCGCUUUGUGAAGCCGACUGCCAAAGCUGCAGGCUCGCCAGAACCCACCAAAGCCAGCGGCAACUUGCUGCAUCCGGUCCACAGGCUAACUCCUGAGCAGCUGGAAGCCCGUAUCGAGGAGGCGCAUCUUGAGCUGGUGACCCACGUGGAGGCGCCCAAGGCGCUCUUCGCCGGUCUGGACUCACAGGGCAUGGGAGCUCUAACGCCGGUGCAAUUUCAGCUCUUCGUCAGAAAGGCCUGCCCAGGCAUGAGCCAAGCGCAGGUGGGUGGUAUUUGGCGACGCGCGGAUGAGAAUUGCGACGGCAAAGUUACCGAGCAGGAGUUUCUGAAGCUGCUGUCCUUUGCCCCGGAGUCGAAGGUCCCUGGGCGCUGA